AUGGGUGCGACAAACGGCAAAAUUUGCUGUCCGUGUCAUGGAUAUCACGUGACCUGUCGCGGAGUGGCGUCAUCGAAGGGGUUUUCUAGUGAAGGGGGUGAAAUCGAUGACGAUUUACCGUGUGCUCCACAAUUAUCAGAACACUGUGAUAUUGCAAGCUUGUACAGUUUCGUAGAGGAGACUAGCUGUUUUUGUAUAUGUCCAUCAAAGUGUCGACGAAAGCGCAAUAAAAAGUCCUACAUUGGCGAUAUCAAUCGGAAAGAAGAAAAACGGUCGUCGUUCACAUUUCAAACUGCAUUCCCCGACAACCAUGCAUUAUUUUGCGGCGGAAGAGUGCCUCCAUUUCCCGUCGAACAUGGACUAUAUAGUCGGGCCCCUUCGAGCAAUAUAUCGAACAAGUCUAAUCGUUCUUCAAUGAAUUCUGGAAUACAACGUGCUGCACAGCGACGUGCUUCGGAUACAUGGCAAGAGGAAUCCACGCGGAGUUCCACCGUUUCCUUUGAUUUAAAUAUACGUGGGGACAAAGAAAACUUGAGCAAGAAUCAUAACAGUUACAUGAUGUCAACCACAACACAGAAUGAUAAGGAAGAGUGGCUGAGAGUUAUGAAAAAAGUAAUGAAAGGACCCCCUGGUGGAGGUAUAUUUGGACAAGAGCUGAUGAGGACAAUUCAGUAUGAAGAAGAAGUCGACAGUAGAUCUCAUAAUGGGAUGAAAACUAAAAAAGAGGCUCCAUAUAUUAUUAUCAAAUGCUGUGAAUUUAUUCGUCAAAGUGGCGGAUUUUACGAAGAAGGAUUAUUUAGGUUACCAGGACAAGCUAACGAAGUCAAAGAACUGCAAGAUUCUUUUGACAUGGGAGAACGACCCGAUUUCGACAAAUCUACCGACGUACACACUGUGACAUCUCUUAUGAAGAGUUUUUUGCGUGAAUUACCGGAACCAUUAGUUCCGUUCAAUCUAUAUUCGCCAUUGAUCGAUGCAGCGAAGGUCGUGAACCCCGGAAGCCAGUCUGCCGUCAGAAGAACGAAUUUUACUUCUGUAAAAGACGUGGAAGAACCGAAUGUUUUGAAAUGUCGAGAUGUGAUCAAAAGCAAUUUGCAAAUGCUACCAAAAGCGAAUUUUGAUUUAUUGAGAUAUCUAUGUCGAUUUUUGGACGAAGUUCAGCAACACUCGGAGCGAAAUAAAAUGGAUGUCGCCAAUUUGGCGCUGAUGUUUGGACCUAAUAUUAUGAGAGCCGAGAAAGAAGAUCCCAUGGCCAUGAUGUCCGAUUCAACAUAUGUUCAAUAUAUCAUGUCAGAAUUUAUACAAAAUCAUAAAUAUUUCUUUCCCGACGACGAUCCAAGUGAAGUUAGAGAAAUUAUGCCGCAAUCAUCGAUUCCCGACGUAGCUGCUGACGCUGCGUCAAGACACUUACGUAACAAUAACGUAAUGACGCCAUCUCCUAUCACUUCACCGCGAUAUCACAACGCUUUUACUGACACGACGGCACAGACUUCUACCGAAGGCUUCAAUACCAUGACAACGCAAACCACGACUUCACCGCCCGGAACGAUGGGGCUUAGACACGUGACAGAUGACAGCGGGACCGGAUCUUUGGGCCCUACUCCGGAUAAUACGUCCAGGAGGAUCGCUCCACCACAACUGGCUCCUGUUAAACACCGAAACGGGGGUAACAGACCCAAACCCGCCAGCGCCAUUUAUGAAGAGGUACAUAGUGUCGUUGAUCGACCAAGUUCAAAGCCUGCUCUUCCAAUGAAACCAACAAAGCCCUUGCGACCCGGUGUUAGUAACGAUGUCGAUAGAAGGCAAUCAUUUUACGAUAAUGUUACCCAGUCCUCCGAAGCAAGUUCGUUUGCUGGCAAGCGAAAAGAGUGGAGACGAAGUGAUGAACAUAAAUUUAAUGCAUCGCCAUCCCAAAGAUCGUCUUAUGUGAAUCAGACGUCACCCGGUGUGUCGUCAACGCGUUCAUCAACGAAUGCUGUAGCUGGAAGCAGUAUUGCCGAAUCGUUCAAUUCAUUUGAUAUCGACACCUUUCCGUAUUCUCCAACGCAAUCGGUUCACGACGGACAAGUCGGUCGGAGGGUACCUUUGAAUGAUGUUGACAAUCCUAAAGGACCUAAACCACCCGCUCGAAAACGUAGAUCGAAGAAAAACAGUCACAACAACGGAUCUCCUUCACAGCAACUACAUAAUAAAUACACAUCAGACGAGGAAUCUAACACGGAGUCCGUGCCACCGGACGACCGAAGCGAAAUUCGUUCCAUUCGGUCUAGUCGAAACGGUUCGUUGUCCAGUAUUAAUGACCAUCCGAGAGGUUAUCGAUCCAACAGCGCCCCCAAGAGGCCAACGAGUAGACCUCCUCCACCGCCAUACCCUGCCGGACAACGUACUAGAUCCCAAACUCAGGAUCGUCAACAAACGUACGAAGAAUUACAAGAAGACUAUAGAAUAUUGCAGGUAGACUCCGUGAGCUACAGGAGCAGUAUGGCAGAUACUACCACUAGUGCACCUAUACAACAUGAUACUGUGACAGGAAAAUAUGACACUGAAUCGCAAUCAAGCAGCCCAAAAGAAUUUAAAACGUCCGAGGAACACGUAGAAUAUUUGCAGAAAUGUGUUACUGAAGAGCGAAAACUACGUCAAAUGACGGAAAUAGAAUUGAAAAAUGAGAAACGAGGAAGACUGGCUGCCGAAGAAAGAAAUAACCAGUUGCAAAAAGAGAUGAAAGAAUUCUUCUUUACUUUUGGAAGCAUGUUCAGUAACAGCGAAACGUCCAGCGUUAGGUAGAUAAAGUUCCUGUGAAAUGUAAUUCAUCGCUUUCACCGUCAUCAACGAGCAAAUUAAGAAAACUUUCGAUGCAAUAUUACGCUUUCCUGUUGCUUUGUACCAAAGAGGGAGAUACCGAACUGCGUAAAAGUAAAUAAAUCAUGACGCAACUAAGAACUGGUGGAAAGAAAUUUGAAUGUUUGAGAAUGGAAUCUUUUUGUGGUCACUGGUAAAAGAUUAUACCAAUUGGUUUGUGAUGGAAAAAGGGUUUAUCUUCUAAACUUGAGAUAAAAGAGUUGUAUGGAGACCGCUCAAUUCCAAUGCUGUUUCCCAUUAUUGUUAUUAUUUUGUCCUAUUGUUACGUUCACUGUUCCAUGAAUUAAAUGUAUUUUUGCGUCUAUUUACUUUUAAACGUAACUUAUUUACGCCUGAGCACACCGCAUCACACAUAUUGCUAUAUCCAAGAUUUCUACAUUGCUAUGGUUUUGUAAUCGCCUAUCUAAAUUUACACUACUAUUUGACCAAAUAGAUAUAUAUGAAUUUUAAAUAAAUCUCCUCAAUAUGGUGUAAUCCGUUUAUAAUCGCAUUCGGAUUAUCAAACUACUGUUACAAAUUAUCACGCUUUAUGAAGGCUCUAAAUUUUCCGAGAAUUUCGCCCGAUCUUUCACUAACAACAGUUUACCGAUCAUUUACUGACGAAAUUUGUCAGACCAGAUGAAUUUUCACCAAACGCUGAUUAACUUCUAAACACGCCCCAGUUUUUGAUUCAUUACUGACUAAAGUAAAUAUUAACCAAAGAGCAAAAUUUGAUUUCCAAUCCUGCGAACUACUUUUUGUUAAAUAGCAUGAGCAAUUUCUUCCUAAGUUGGUUUAAUGAAAACUGUGAAUUGCUUUGGUUAUUCUUUGUAUUGUAUGUGUUCUUUUUCGUUCUGAUAUUUAUAAUUUCAAAAGUUUCAUUUGAAGCUCCGGGACUCCAUACAUUGAUUUUUUGAUCGUAAUAUUUGCAGGAUUGUAGCUUUUGAAAUGCUUUAUUAAUCCCAUUCCGGUCUUGUAUGGUGUGAUAUUGAGUUUCGCUAUAGAAGCACGUUUUAUGCAUAAUUCAUGCUUAAAUGCUUGUUCUGUAAGAAUACCACUUCAACCAUUUAACUAGUUACUAUUUUAUUAUUUUACCGAAUGUUAAACAUUCCAUUUUAAGUGUCCACUUUAUAUUUUUCUUUGAUUUUGCUCUAAUUUUUCAUCCAUUAUUGUUAUUAUCAUUCACUGAAUCUAUUUCUAGAUUUUAGAGUAAAGUCCUUUUUAUACUCAAGAAUCUGAACGAUGAAGACUGGAAACUUUCCCACAAAAACCGUUUUGCAGUUGUAAACCCAUUUACGUUGUUCUUUGAAAUUAUACAAUCAUACAAUUUAGAAAUCAAUUACACUAUGUUGAAAUUAAAUUACUUUGGCCAAGCCUAAUUAAAGACUAAUUUUGACUUGCCUUUGAACACACUAUUCAUCUGCUUUCUAUUAUCAUGCUAUAAAAUCAUUUUAUUGCUUUUAGUAAAUUUCAAUCUAUAUUGCGGAAUAUA